GUCUCAGGUUGGGAUCUGAAUUAAGUCAGUUCUAGGAUCCAGCUGUUAACUUUUUCCAUUUAUUUUAAAGAUAUAUUUCUAAUUCUGUGUGUGUAUGUGGGUAUGCACACAUAAUUGUCAGGCCUGUGGAGGCCAGACGAUCUGGGUUCUCUACAGGUGGAGUUACACAAAGUUGUCAGCCACUCGAUAUGGGUGCUAGGAACAGAACUGAUUCUCUGCAAGAGCAGGAAAUACUCUUCUCAGGAAAUACUAUCUCUCAGACUAUCUAUCUAUCUAUCUAUCUAUUUAUUUAAUGGAAGCACACAGGUGUGUGUGUGUGUGUGUGUGUGUGUGUGUGUGUGUGUGUGUAUGGAGACCAGAGGACAACUUGUGGGAGCUAUUUUUCUCCUUUUUUUUUAAAAAAGAUUUUUAUUUAUUUAUAUGUAAGUACACUGUAGCUGUCUUCAGACACUCCAGAGGGAGUCAGAUGGUUGUGAACCUCCAUGUGGUUGCUGGGAUUUGAACUCUGUACCUUCGGAAGAGCAGUCGGGUGCUCUUGCCCACUGAGCCAUCUCACCAGCCCCUAUUUUUCUCCUUUUUACUAUGAGGGCUGGGGAGACUGAACUCAGGUCUUCUGGCUUAGCACAUUUACCUGCUGAGGCAUCUUACUAGCUCCCAGGUCCAGUUUGUCAGCCAACGACUGUGUGGCAUCUUGUCCCUUUCUGGACCUCUCCUUUAGUUCUAAAGUAAUAUACAGUAAUAAUAUCCAGUUCGUUGGGUUGUUGUAAGCAAAAUGACAAUCACAUCUUUUCCUAUCAACUGACCACAAGCUGUCACAGGAAGUUUCAAAAGAAAAUAAGCAUGCGUUCUCUGCCACGAGCAAGGAAAACAUCCAACAAAAUCAAGGCAGUCAUACACAAUGAACUGCUGAUGAUAUAUGCAAAUCAAAGCAGCUCUCUCAUCCAUGCCCAUUUAUAUUUUUCCUAGGGUGGAUGUGGAAGAAUUUCCAAUGAGAACCCUUUUUCUGGUAUUUGCACAAGUCAGCAGCUCUCCAAAGCCCGAGUAAAAUUCAGGCUGAUUAAAGACCCUAAAAAACCUGCAAAAGUCACAAGGCAUUCAGUGGUUCAGAAACUAGGAUAAACCAAACCUCUUCAGCUUCUUCCAAGGACGGACAUCUCAGACUCUCACCAGAGAGGUAAAGCAAGAGGAUGAAAUAUCCUUCAAGUCCCCCGGACUGGGACAGAAACUGCAGCAAAAGCGCCUCUUCUCAGCACCUCGUUCUCCAUCACCUCCUAGUGGAAGAUUUUCCCCAAGUCUGGUUACUGACUCUGGGCUUCAGGCAGAGAAGGCGCCUCAGCAGCUAGCGGGGUGAUCUCCAGUACUCACACAGUUAAACCUCUUCAGAGACGGGAGAAGGGAGCAGAAGCGGGGUGGGGGGUGGGGGGAGAAGAGAGAGGAGGGAGAGGGAGCAAAGAGCGGGGAAGGAGGGAGGAGAGCGGAGGGAGCACGGAGGAGGGAGCAAGGAGGACCCCGCCCACUGGCACAGAACUGCACCCCCCCCCCAACCCCCCGCCCGCCCCACGGUCGGCCCCGGGCCGCACCUGCCGCGCGCACACGCCCCCCGCGCGCCGAGCCUCCGAGCCGCCGCCGCCGCCGCCGCCCUCCGCACGCACCCGCCGCGGCUCGUCCGCACAGCCCAGCCUCGGCGCGGGCCGCAGCCACCCCAGCCGCGGGCCGCGGCCGUCGUCCCCGUGUAAGCCCCGAGCCCGCCGGGCGCGGAACCCAGGUGGAUCCAGGCUGGGCGUUUGUACGCACGGGCCUCCGCUGCCGUGGUUCGAUACCCUCUAGCUCUGGGGAGGACGCGCUCGACUCGCUCCCUCCUCAUCAGCCUCAGAGCGCUCCUUGAGCUCCUCAGUGCCGGAGCAUCCUCCCCGCUGCUCAGCAUCCUCCUGUCAGCGCCGGAGCAUCCUGCUCAGGGCUCGGCGUUCUCUGAGCUCAGCAUCCUCCUUCCGUUCCUCGGCAGCGCCCGGGCCCGGUCCCCACCCGCUCGCACCCCACCCGCGGGAAGGAGGCCUCGGGAAUGCAGGGGAGUGGCUGUGGGGGCGCGUCGCCGCUUGGCCAGCCCCUCUGCCCAAACACAGGCUGCUCCCCAUUGUAGAAGCUGCGCGGAGAGAAGGAGGACGGCGUGCUGCUCCCUGCGCGGGGCUGCAGGGAAUAAGCCCGGGCAUCCUUAUAGGGUGGGGCGGGGAGGGCCCUGGCUUUUGGGGAGUGGACCUGGAGCAGGGAAAGGACUCUGUAGCGGACUCGGUGAGAGACUAUGGGGAAGGACCAGGAGCUGCUGGAAGCUGCUCGUACUGGCAAUGUGGCUCUGGUGGAGAAACUCCUAUCUGGCAGGAAAGGAGGGAUCCUGGGUGGUGGAUCCGGACCUCUGCCCCUGUCUAAUCUGCUAAGCAUCUGGCGAGGCCCCAAUGUGAAUUGCACAGACAGUUCGGGUUACACCGCUUUACACCACGCAGCCUUAAAUGGACAUAAGGACAUAGUUCUCAAACUGCUGCAGUACGAGGCAUCCACCAAUGUAGCAGACAACAAGGGUUACUUCCCCAUUCACCUGGCUGCCUGGAAAGGAGACGUGGAGAUUGUGAAGAUCCUCAUCCAUCACGGACCUUCCCAUUCCCGAGUCAAUGAACAGAACAACGAGAACGAAACCGCCCUCCACUGUGCAGCGCAAUACGGACACUCGGAAGUAGUUGCGGUUCUCCUAGAGGAACUCACGGACCCCACGAUUAGGAACAGCAAACUCGAAACACCGCUGGACUUGGCAGCACUGUACGGGCGGCUGAGGGUGGUGAAGAUGAUCAUCAGCGCACACCCAAACUUAAUGAGCUGUAACACCCGGAAGCACACGCCGCUCCACCUCGCAGCCCGCAACGGUCACAAGGCCGUGGUCCAGGUGCUGCUGGAGGCGGGGAUGGACGUGAGCUGUCAAACAGAAAAGGGGAGUGCUCUUCACGAAGCGGCUUUGUUUGGGAAGGUGGAUGUGGUUCGAGUUCUGUUAGAAACAGGAAUUGAUGCCAACAUAAAGGACAGUUUAGGUAGAACUGUCUUAGACAUUCUAAAAGAGCACCCGUCUCAGAAGUCUCUCCAGAUUGCAACGCUCUUGCAAGAUUACUUGGAAGGCGCAGGAAGGUCAGCAGCAGUCCUGGAAGAGCAUGCUCAGGAAGAUACAGCACAAGAGACACACCUUUCGUCUCCUGCCGAGUCUCCUCAAAAGACUAAAAGUGAAACUGUCACUGGAGAACUAUCAAAACUCCUGGAUGAAAUAAAACUCUGCCAAGAAAAGGACUAUUCCUUUGAAGAUCUGUGCCAUACGAUCUCAGACCACUACUUAGAUAACUUGAGCAAGAUUUCAGAGGAAGAGCUUGGGAAAAAUGGAAGCCAGAGUGUAAGAACUUCAUCUACAAUAAAUUUGUCACCAGGAGAAGUGGAAGACGAAGAGGAGGAUCCAAACUCUUGUGGGCCCACAGGACUCUGGGAAGCGCUAACUCCUUGUAACGGAUGUAGGAACCUUGGCUUUCCCAUGCUCGCACAGGAGUCUUAUCCGAAGAAGAGGAAUUUCCCCAUGGAAAUGGAACCAUCUGCUUCUCUGGACACAUUCCCUUCGGAAAACGAGAACUUCCUUUGUGAACUCGUGGACACAGCUGUUACAAAGAAACCCUGCUCCUUAGAAAUCGCAAGGGCACCUUCUCCGAGAACUGAUAAUGCCUCUGAGGUAGCAAUUACUGCUCCAGGAACUAGUCACCAUAGAAACAGCUCUACAGGCCCAACACCUGACUGCUCACCUCCAUCCCCAGAUACUGCCCUAAAAAAUAUCGUAAAAGUUAUCCGACCUCAGCCAAAACAACGGACAUCUAUUGUGUCUUCUCUGGAUUUCCAGCGAAUGAAUCAUAACCAAGAAUACUUUGAAAUCAGCACAUCUACAGGGUGUACCAGCUUUACUUCCAGCCCUGCUGCUAGCCCUCCCACCUCUUCUGUGGAAACCACAGAAGUCAAGAACGAGGGAGCUGAACACGCAGAUGAUCUCUCUCAGCAGGAAGAUGACGAACCCCCAAAAGAGUAUGAUGCUGGGCAAUUCGCAGGCCUUCUCCAUGGAUCCUCUCCAGCCUGUGAGUCUCCUGAAAAUCCGUUUCAUCUGUAUGGGAAAAGAAAUACAUGUGAAGAUGGACCAGAUGAAGCCAGUUUGGCAAACAGUCCUUUGCCUUUCAAGCAGACUCCAAUAGAAAACAACCCGGAACCUUCGGUGAAGAAAGUUAAACCCAAAGUGGUCAGUAGAACAAUUUUCCACAAAAGAAACCACCAACUUGAGAACCAUACCAUCGUUGGCACAAGAAUGUCCAGGAGUGGAUCCCGCAAUGGUGACCAAUGGGGUGUGAAUCCAGGGGGCUUUGUGGAGAGAGCAUGUACUCUGGGGAGAAUAAGGUCAUUGCCUAAAGCCUUGAUCGACAUGCAUUUAUCCAAAAAUGUCUCCAAGUCCGAUUCUGAUCUUAUUGCCUACCCUUCCAAGGACAAAGCGAGAGUUAACUGGAGCAAAUCGUCAACUGCGGAGCGCAGUUCCAAAGAUAAUUCUGAGAGAACACCUUCUUUCACAUCUGAAUGGGAAGAAAUCGACAAAAUAAUGAAUUCGAUUGACGUUGGAAUCAACAGUGAACUUGAAGGGAUGAAUGCACAAUGCUCUGAACUGUACUUUAUGGCAGACUGGGUUGCCUGGGAAUCACAAAGAGAGCUAGCAUUGCACCUUGGGCCUUCUUGGGAAGAUGUGCACUGGGGACCCAGAUGCCCUGUCCAAACAGUGGGACAAUGGCUGGAAAGCAUUGGGCUACCUCAGUACGAGAACCACCUGAUGGCUAAUGGAUUUGACAGUGUACAGUUUAUGGGAAGCAAUGUUAUGGAAGAUCAGGAUUUGUUGGAAAUUGGAAUCCUUAACUCUGGCCACAGACAGAGAAUUCUACAAGCGAUCCAGCUCCUUCCAAAGAUGAGGCCCAUCGGCCAUGAUGGCUACCAUCCCACCUCUGUAGCCGAGUGGCUGGAUUCCAUUGAGCUGGGUGAUUACACCAAAGCCUUUCUCAUCAAUGGCUACACGUCCAUGGACCUGUUGAAAAAGAUCUGGGAGCUUGAGCUUAUUAAUGUUUUAAAAAUCAGUUUGAUUGGCCACAGGAAACGCAUUUUGGCAUCUUUGGGAGAUAGGCUGCACGACGACCCUCCACAGAAGCCCCCUCGGUCCAUCACCCUCAGGGAACCCAGUGGUAAUCACACUCCUCCUCAGUUGUCUCCAUCACUUAGCCAAAGCACUUACACCACUGGUGGCUCCCUAGACGUUCCUCACAUUAUCAUGCAGGGCGAUGCAAGGAGGAGAAGAAAUGAAAACUACUUUGAUGAUAUUCCCCGAUCAAAGCUGGAGAGGCAGAUGGCUCAGACAGGGGACUGGGGAGAACCUUCCAUCACCUUGCGACCUCCUAAUGAAGCCACAGCCUCAACUCCCGUCCAGUACUGGCAGCAUCAUCCGGAAAAACUCAUCUUCCAGUCAUGUGACUACAAAGCCUUUUAUUUAGGUUCUAUGCUGAUAAAAGAGCUGAGGGGGACAGAAUCAACACAGGAUGCUUGUGCAAAGAUGCGGGCUAACUGUCAGAAGUCUACAGAGCAAAUGAAGAAAGUCCCCACUAUCAUCCUUUCCGUCUCAUAUAAAGGAGUAAAAUUUAUCGAUGCGGCAAAUAAGAAUAUAAUCGCCGAACAUGAAAUUCGUAAUAUCUCCUGUGCUGCCCAGGACCCAGAAGACCUCUCAACAUUUGCCUAUAUCACAAAAGAUUUGAAGUCCAACCACCACUACUGUCACGUGUUUACUGCCUUUGAUGUGAAUUUAGCCUAUGAAAUCAUCCUGACGCUGGGACAGGCAUUUGAGGUCGCUUACCAACUAGCCCUACAAGCAAGAAAAGGGGGCCAUUCCUCCACACUCCCAGAAAGCUUUGAGAACAAGCCCUCGAAACCCAUCCCAAAGCCCCGAGUUAGCAUUCGGAAGUCAGUGGCUCCGCAGACAUCCUGUCCCAACAGGCUGGUAUGACUUCAAAGCGGCCGCCUCUGGUAGUAGCAACACCCCAAAGCUGGAAGGCUCCCAGCCAGCUCCCCAUCUGCUCUCUGUUCCAGCAUCCAUCCCGCAUCCUAGACUCUCUGGGAUUGGCACCGGGCAGGCCCCCAGAAUGCGUUGCCCCCCCUCAUCCCGCAAUCUUUCCAUCUGCUGCCUUCUCCUCCUCCUCCUCCUCCCAUCAGCUCUCAGCCUCCGUCCGUGUCAUGAGAAAAAUAGACAUUUUUAACCUCCAAAGAGAGGUUCCUUCCUCGGGAUGAUGUGGCUUCUGUGGAUCACACCUUUGGGGCCCCUCCCCCUCUCCUGUCUCUGCUCUUGGUCACCUCACCACCCACGGGAUGAUCCCUCAGCAUCCGGCCUCUCCGAGUCCCUGAGAGUCCAUUGUGUCCUCCUGCAUCCCAGAAGGCCUCCGCUGAUUGGUCAUUACCAGUGGCUGCUGCACCUCUCAAAUCCCAUGCUACACUCCUAUCCCGGACCCUCCUGCCUCAGCACCUACCCAGCCCAUGCCCCCUGCUCUCUAUUCCCCAGUCCUUGACACACCCCAGAACCCUAGAAAUGUCUGUCCAGUUUGUUUCUAAGCAUCUCCACUUUCAAGUUUAGCCACUAUAAAUCCUUGCUUCUCUACCCCCUUCUGUCCCCAGCCCAGCAAAUGACACAACACUUCACCAUGCUGCUUGUCACCAAAGUCCCCAAGUCACCUUGAUUGCUGUUGUACUUGUACCUCCACAUCCAGCCCAUGAGCAGAGAUCAAUCUUUGCUCCCCUCGAACACACCUCCAGUCUGCCCACUCCUCUUCUACUUCCUCCAUCACCCCCCUAAUCCAAGGCCAGUGCACACCUUCCCAGUGACUCCCUUUUUUCAUACAGCAAAAACCAUGGCACCCUAAAAAUACCCAAACCUAAUCUCUGAUCACACGUGGUGAUGCCUAGGCCUUCCACUCCUCGAGUACACUGCUCAGUCCCACUGGAGACUCUAUGUCUCCCAUGAUUGCUCUCUUCCACCUCCCCUGACCCCCGAAUUCUGCACGGCCCCAUGGUACCAUUCAGGUUUUAGCUGCACGAAGCUUUUCCUAACCAGGGUAGUUGCCUGGUCACCUUGUAGGCCCUCUUCAUUCCGCGUAGUGUUGACUGAGCUUUCUGUUGUCUCUCUUCCUGCACAAAAAUAUCUACUCCAUGAAAUACACUGGCAUGCUGUCACCCCAGGGCCAUAGCAGCACUCACUACAAACCUGCGGUCAGAGACACGAGGUGGUGAGGGUGGACUUAACGAAUGUGUCUCUGAGUGCGAUUAUUAAGCUUCUGAGUCCAGGAAUGCACAGCAUGUUUGUGGGGAUUGUUGCUUAGACUACUCUAUUCCUUCUCGUGUGGGCUGGAUGAGUCUGUUCACAGCACGCACGUCCUUCCAGCUGUACUGCGGUCCACGCAGACUCCUUCCAGAGGAGCACUAAGACUUUGAUGCCGUAAGGGCUCAUAGAAUAUUCAUCUAGACACCCUCUCUGGGAAACAGGAGAGUACCCAGUCUACCUGGCUCUGGAUGCAGGCCCUCACCAGGCUUCAGAAUUCCCAUCUCCUCAGCUCCAGUGGUUUACUCUCAGGACACACACAGUGCUCUUUCUAAAAGUCCUUCUUCCCUCGUCCUAUGAAGGCACAAGGGAAACCAUGGCAGAAGGCAGCCUGAUAGGCACAUAGGCUCAGGCCCUGCAGCCUCCAGGAGGUUAAAAAGCUGAUAGAGGAAGUCUGAGCAGGCCUUCCAGAAACUCCUUGGCCCCCGUUUACAGAGCCAAGUAGAUGAUGGCCAAGGGAUGAGCAAGCCAUUGGGGAAAGAGCUUAACUGAGGCCCAUCAGAGCUCAGACUUUAGCUGCUGCCCAGGGAAUGACAUGCUUGGCUUUAUCUGAACCCAGGACAGAGUCCGCCAAGGCGCAGCCUGACAGGCCCUUGCUGGCCUCUUCCCUCCCUCUGUCUGGGGUACAUCCCUCUCGGCCACUUUGCCCUCCCUCCGGAAUCUGUACCUGCGUUUUGUCCACUCCAGUACCUUUCUUAUCCAGGCCGAGCACUCAUUGUCUGAACAGCAUUUAUUGACAAAUAUUUAUUGCAUGCCUGCCUUGCAUUGAGCCACUAAGAGCUUUCCCAGGUUUGGAGAAAAUAGCAAUAAAGUUAACAAAACCCCCACCUUUGCGGGGCAUCCGUUGUGGAAGAGGGAGUAGACAGGUGGUAUGUGUCUGUGUCAGGAAGGGGGGAGCUAAAAGGUUGAGGUGCCAUUUUGUAGAGGGUGUGGGGAAUACAGCUUCUAGGAUAGGAAGUGGUGUUGAAGCCAAGACCUGGACCACACUGGCUAGGAGGCAACCGGGAGAGAGCAGAGGCCUCACUGCACGGAUGGGUGCCCGAGGGCCAUCCCCAGGGCGGCAUGGCUGGAGCUCAGAGAGGCCUCAGGCAAGUGAGCGGGGCGCUGCAAUGUCCUCGGAGGACGUAGGGUUCUUUCCGGACCCCGAUAUUGGGGUGUUGGGAACCACCGCUGCUCCCCUGCCUCUGCGCCCCGGGGGCGGGGCCAGGUCUCACUCGCGUCACCCUUGCAGGCCCCUGCAGAGUCGCUGUGCAGUACAGGUGCGAAAGCGCGGACGCCGCCGGGGCCGCCCCGCAGCGCGGCUGGGCGAGCGGGGCCCGAGGUGGGGUUCCAGCGGCGCCCACGCGGCCGCGCCGCCGCCCAGCUGCCGGAUAACGGGCAUCAGCCUUUCUGUUUUAAAGCAGAUCGACCCUUCUGAGCAAAAGACUCUGGCCAAUCUGCCGUGGAUUGUGGAGCCGGGGCAAGAAGCCAAGAGGGGCAUUAAUACCAAGUAUGAAACCACGAUUUUCUGAUACCCGCCGCCCCGUCCUCGCGGUGCCUUGCUCGCCCAGCAGUCCCCGCAGCAGGCUCUCCUUCGCGCCUCCGUGUCCACCCGCCCCGGGAGGAAGACUGCUCCAGCUCGCGUGGCCUCGUCACGGGCGGAAGGGCGACGGCCAUCCCUAGGGAGCCUUCUGCCAGCGAGACUUUGACGCCCCUUAGAGGCGCGAGGGGGGCUGCGCGGGGCGCCCCAACUCCGCUACCACCGCCUCCUCUGAGGUACUGCUCAACUGCCCCGUACUUGCUUUGCUUUAGUUGGGGGGAGAAUACCUUUUUAAAAGUGAGAGGGUGGGGAGAGGGAGGGUCUCCAGUACUGCCUGAAAGUCUAAACAGCUUGGGUUUAAGUUUUCACGGUCAGGUCAGCCGUUUUGAAGGGAAAGUCAGACCAGUACUACCCCACCCCCAAAGUACCUGUAAAGUCAUUGUAUCAUUGAGUACAAUUCCAUGCAAAAAGACAAAGCAACCCUCACCAGGAAGUUCUGUCCCCCCCCACACACUCGAUUUCUAUAUUUGUGGAUUUUAUAGUAAUCAACUAUGUCAGAUAAAGGAAACCUUUAUUGAAUGAUUCAAAAAAUUUAAAAAGUGAUUUAAAACAGAGGAAUUUAUUAUGCACAGAAAAAAAUGUGUCUUGUAUUAAAUAUUUUUAUUAAAAAGAAUGUUUCAUUAAUGCAUUCAUAAGAAAACUAGGUUUGUUGUGCGGGAUGUUUCUGGUUUCGUUUCAAAUGACUACAUUCCUACUGCUACUUGCCCUGAGGUCCUGGCUCUGUCAGGGUGAAGCCCUGAUGCCCUUUGCCUCAGGAGCAGAACAGGCUAGUGCUUCGGGUGACUCAAAGUGCUGACUCAGCUGUAGCCUGCAUAAGUGGUUUAUUUGGGGUUGUUUUGUUUUGUUUUGUUUAGCCUUUGGGGUGUUUUAAAGAACAUGUUUAACAAAAAAUAAAAAAAUAAUAAAAGCUAGGGCUCCUGCUGCCAAGAUUUCUGUCAAGGAAACCUUGUUUGAGAACGAUGUUAAUAAAAUUCUAUUGCAAAAUUCUUUUCUAGAAAAAAUAAAUAACACAAAAAAAGAAGAAAUUCCAAAGUAAUAAAAACUUUUCUUGAAACAGAUUUAAAAAAAUGUUUGCUUACUAUUUGAUUAAAUAAAUUUACUUACGUUUCUUUAAGGUAUUUUAAUUUUUUUAAUGUCUCUGUGGAGUAUUUGUAUGAUACCAUAAUGUAUAUUUCUGUAGAAACAAAUUAUAUAAACAGUAUCAAUAUCAUUAUAGAAAAAUAACACUUUAAUGUAUAUUGUUCUAACCAAUCAUAUUGUGAAUCAUUUUGAAGUUCAUUAUAGCGAUAUUGAUAAAUUGUGAACUUGUCUUAAUGUUUUUUUUUAAUUAACCAAUAUUAUUUUAAACCUGAGAUUCUCACAUUCACCAGUUGGUGAGUUUUGAAGAAAAACUAAAUUUCAUUUCAACUGACAAAUGUAUAUGGUUUGAGUUCAGUGUGGAAGAAUUUUAAUACAAUAUUAAAUUACUUGAACUGAAUAGUUCCUUGUAUAUAUUUUGCCUAUUCACUGUUGAUAUGUAUGUAGUAAACAGAGAAGAGAAUAACAUUCGAAUAUGGUACCAACGGGACUUGUACAGGAGUGAAGCAUCCAGGAGCUCUGCUGACACACAAGCGGAUGUAUAUAUAAGCGUGGGCUUCCAGUUAUAAAUUUUGUAAUUUUUGUCAUUAUUUAUAUCCUAUAUUAAAAAAAAAGCACACAAAAUAAAACAGAAGUUGUACAGUGGCUGGUGCCUGGCAUUGUUCUGUGAGCACCGCCCCGGGACCAAAGGCCCAGCCCUCUCCACAGAUAAAGAGACUUGUUUUCAAUUGGCAAGAUCAGUGAGGAAAAAAAAAAAAACUUGCUCAUUUUCAAGUUCAUGGUCUGAAAAAGAAACACUGUCUUCCCGAAGCUUGAAUUUUAGCCAUAAGCCAAGAUGCCUUUGCAUUGUCUUUUUUAAAGUGGCAUAUAAGGGGGAAAUUGGCAAGACAGACAUUUCUAAAACAGAGGAGACCACACACACACACACAUGCAAAAAAAAUACAUAAAAAAUAAAAAACAGACUGCUUAUGUAGCAUAAAACAUAUAGCUUGCUUGGGCAAACAUCCCCUGAACAUCCUAUACAUCCUCAAGUCCUUUCAUCUUUUUUUCCCUAAAACGUGUACCUGCUAUAAAGUAGGUGAUGGGCUAGUCAGAGCUACACUGAUUCUGUGGUCAGCGACCAUCAUGCUGCAGGUCCCUCAACCUCCAUCACCCAUUGCCCAAUCCAUGACUGCUACCCUUGAAAACCCAAAACAGUCUUAGGGUGCUCUCUGCCUGUCAUUCAGAGGCCUGGGACUUUGAACCCAAAAGAGAUAAACCCAUGAAAGCUGGGUUGAAGUGGGCCCGGGACCUGGGAUACCUCAGGCAGGGGUUUUCCACUCUGACGCUUCCACUGGGCCAGUUUGUUCACUUUGUUUUUAUUUUCUCUGUUCAUCACAUGUGUGUUUGUAUUCAUAAUGAUUCCAGCAUGAAGUACGGAGCACACUCCAAUUAGGGAAAAUUAAAAGACACAAGACUAGCGUAGUGGUGAAACAUCUUCUUGUGCUGGCACCAGGUUGAAGAAGCAGUAAGAACAAAGCCAGCCAUGUGGCAGAGUUAGGCCCCUCCAGAUGGUAGGGUACAACAGACAAUUGUGGUUCAUCUCAGAGAGAAAGGCAGGGGUAACUCUAAUCUCACUCUCCAUUCUUCACCCAAAUCGAAGGUCGGGGCACAGGAUCAGCCCAUGGCCAGAGCAAGGCAGAGAACGAAAGGGACACGCCAGAAGCAGAAAAGCCAACUCAGGCAUGGGAGAUGGGAUUUAUAGCUGACUUUGUUUAAAGGAAAAGCCUGAUAUUUGACAAAUGCAGUAACCAGCAGUUGAGAGUGACAAGCCCUUAAAUGCUAACAUUAAUCAAAGGCAAACUUAAAUGGCUCCCUUUACAGAAGGACUUCAAUUCAAUCGAUCCGUUUAAUUUUUUUUCUUAUUAAAUGGUGUUCUGUAAUAAAUCUGGAUGGAUGGAUCCUAUAAAAAUUCUGCUCGGCUUGUUAAUAAGUCAUGGAAGUGGUUUCUCUCACAUUGAACUGCUUGGGAAUGUCGCCAGCCUAUCUAAUGUUUGGAUGAGAUGGAACAGGCGUCUAAGCUUAAAGGGCGUGUGGCCACCUCCUCCAAAAUCAGUAAACAUUUGUACUUGGACUCCAAGUAAAUGUUGCUCCUAUUUCUAAAAUGAAUUGAAGAUUUGGGGGAGUAGUCUAGUUUCCAGUGAGCUAGAAUGUAAUGUCCACGUUCAGAAAUCUGUAUAGAAUAAAGCCUCUUUACUGACA